AAAUGGGAGUCUUGGCAAAGCAGUACCUUGAGUGCGGCCUCCUGGUGCCAGACCACGUCAUCACGCGCGUGAUGAUGGCGGAGCUGGAGAAGCGGCGGGACCAGCACUGGCUCCUUGAUGGUUUCCCUCGGACUCUGGGGCAGGCGGAGGCGCUGGACAGGAUCUGCGAGCUGGACCUGGUGAUCAGUUUGAAUAUCCCCUUCGAGACGUUGAAGGACCGCCUGAGCGCCCGCUGGGUGCACCCCGCCAGCGGGAGGGUGUACAACAUGGAUUUCAACCCCCCCCACAUCCAGGGCGUCGAUGACCUGACGGGAGAGCCGCUGGUCCAGCGCCAGGACGACAGACCCGAGGCUGUCGCUGCCCGGCUCCGAAAAUACAAAGAUGCUGCAAAGCCGGUGAUAGAGCUCUACAAGAGUAGGGGCAUCCUUCACUCCUUUUCGGGGACAGAGACCAACAAGAUCUGGCCCUAUGUGUACGCCCUGCUUUCCAGCAAGAUCCCGCCCAUCCUCUCGGAUGAGGAGAACUGA